CGUUUGUCCCCUACUGCACGCCGUAGUUUGCAAUGUUGUGACAUUCGCCCUAGUCGUCACCCGAUUUAGAAAGAAGUACUAUACAUUUUGUCCAUAUUGACCUGAAGAUCGGUAGCUGGGAAAACAUAAAAUAAUGUCAUCCAACAGCGGUAUCCAAAUCCCAAGUCGACUGCCUCUGCUGUUGACCCAUGAAGGGGUGCUUUUGCCAGGCUCGACGAUGCGGAUCAGUGUUGAAACGGCGAGGAACAUGCAUCUGGUGAAAAACAGACUGCUGAAGGGGACCUCGCUGAAGAGCACCAUCAUCGGCGUGAUCCCUAACACCCGAGAUCCUGAAUACGAUACUGAAGAUCUCCCCACCUUGCAUAGUAUUGGCACGGCGGGGCUGGCGGUGCAGGUAGUGGGCAGUAACUGGCCCAAGCCCCACUACACACUGCUCAUCACAGGGCUGUGUCGCUUCCGCGUGGCCCAACUGCUGAAGGAGGGGCCCUUCCCCUUGGCUGAGGUGGAGCAACUGGAUAAGCUGGAGCAGUACACCAGCCCAGACGAGAUGUCUGAGGCACCCGGGCCAGAUGGAGAGCUGGGGGAGCUGUCCCAGAGGUUCUACCAGGCCGCUGUGCAGUUGGUAGGCAUGUUGGACAUGUCUGUUCCUGUGGUGGCCAAGUUGAGAAGGCUCUUGGACAGCCUCCCCAGGGAGACCCUGCCUGAUGUCCUGGCUUCUAUGAUUCAUACCUCCAACAAAGAGAAGCUCCAGGUUCUGGAUGCAGUGAGUCUGGAGGAACGUUUUAAGAAGACUCUUCCCCUGCUGACCAGACAGAUUGAGGGUCUCAAACUGCUGCAGAAGACCAGAAAACCAAGACUAGACGAUGACAAAAGGGUGCUGGCUGUACGUAAAGGCGGUGUGCUUCCUGGUCGUCAGUUCUCCUUGGAUGAAGAGGGUGAUGAUGAGGAUGGUGAUGACACAGCUGUCCUGGAGAGGAAGGUUAAAGGAGCGAAUAUGCCAGAGCCUGCCCUGCGUGUCUGCCUCAAAGAGCUCAAAAGAUUGAAGAAGAUGCCCCAGUCCAUGCCAGAGUACGCUCUCACCCGAAACUACCUGGAUCUUAUGGUGGAAUUGCCCUGGAGCAAAAGUACCACAGACUGUCUUGAUAUCCGUGCUGCGCGGGUGCUGUUGGACAGUGACCACUAUGCCAUGGAGAAGCUGAAGAGGAGAGUGCUGGAGUACCUGGCUGUGAGGCAGCUGAAGAGCACCCUCAAGGGGCCCAUCCUGUGCUUCGUGGGGCCGCCUGGGGUGGGAAAGACCAGUGUGGGGCGCUCCAUCGCCCGUACCCUGGGCAGGGAGUUCCACCGUAUUGCCCUGGGAGGGGUGUGUGACCAGUCUGACAUCCGCGGGCACAGGAGGACCUACGUGGGCAGCAUGCCUGGCCGCAUCAUCAACGGGCUGAAGACGGUGGGAGUCAACAACCCUGUCUUCCUGCUGGACGAGGUGGACAAGCUAGGCAAGAGUCUGCAGGGAGACCCUGCCUCUGCCCUGUUGGAGGUCCUGGACCCAGAGCAGAAUCACAGCUUCACAGACCACUACCUCAACGUGGCCUUCGACCUCUCCCAGGUCCUGUUCAUCGCUACAGCCAACUCCACGGCCACCAUCCCUCCGGCCCUGCUGGACAGGAUGGAGGUCCUCCAGGUGCAAGGGUACACUCAGGAGGAGAAGGUGGAGAUAGCUCAUCGUCACCUGAUUCCCCAUCAGCUAGAACAGCAUGGACUCACCCCCCAACAGCUCCAGAUACCUCAGGACACCACCCAGGACAUCAUUAGCAAGUACACUCGUGAGGCCGGUGUCCGGUCCCUGGAGAGGAAGAUCGGUGCGAUAUGUCGAGCAGUGGCAGUGAAGGUCGCAGAGGGUCACAAUGUUACCAAAUCAGAGGCCGCGCCUGCUGAGAGCGUCCCCCAGGGAGCUGAGCACGGAGGUAGAAAAAACAGCAGGGGAAAGCCACUCUCUGUGGGGCAGGAGGGAGGACUGACUGACUGGCACAGCUACAGUAUCAGGCCCUGCCCUCAAACAUACUGCAGUGAGGGGAAGCGAGGGCGGAGGGCAGAGGAGCCUGACGGGGUGUCGGCAGACAUGGCAGCGCCCCCAGAUAUGCCCAUCGUCAUCGACCACAUCGCGUUGAAAGACAUCCUGGGGCCGCACGUCUUUGAGAUGGAGGUGUCGGAGCGUCUGACACUGCCGGGCGUGGCCGUCGGCCUGGCCUGGACCCCCCUGGGAGGGGAGAUCAUGUUUGUGGAGGCCAGCCGCAUGGAGGGUGAGGGCCAGCUGACCCUGACUGGACAACUGGGUGACGUUAUGAAGGAAUCUGCCCACCUGGCCAUGAGCUGGCUGCGCAGCAAUGCCAAGACCUACCAGCUGACCAACCUGGUCGGUGGUUCAGAUCCUCUUGAGGGGACAGACAUCCAUCUGCACUUCCCAGCAGGAGCAGUCACAAAGGACGGCCCAUCGGCUGGAGUCACCAUGGUAACGGUCCUGGCCUCGCUGUUCAGUGGGCGCCUGGUACGGUCCGAUGUGGCCAUGACUGGAGAGAUCACUCUGAGAGGCCUGGUGCUGCCGGUGGGAGGGAUCAAGGACAAGGUCCUGGCAGCUCACAGGGCCGGGGUGAAGCGUGUCAUCAUCCCAAAGCGCAAUGAGAAGGACCUGGAGGAGAUCCCAGCUAACGUCCGGAAGGAGCUGGACUUUGUAACAGCCAGCAAUCUGGACGAGGUCCUGAACGCAGCCUUCGAUGGGGGGUUCCCCGGAAUGUCCAACCCUCUCACUCUACCACACAUUGUCAGCAAACUGUGAGAUGGGUCCCUGUAAUAUUACCACUCAGAGACGGUCUGUCACACUCUGACUAACAUACAGGAACUCCCAUUCAUCUUCCUGGUGGAUAUGGAAAGCUCUUCCAUAUAUUAAUUUGUAUGAGGCAGAAACACACUGACCACAUUAUCUUUGUGGUGGGUGCAUAAACAGGCAGUUAUCAAGGAGGGUGUGGUUGUUACUGAUCUGUUAGUAAGGAGGCUUCUGUGAUGCAAACAUGUUCUUUAUCUACUUCAACACUUUCUUUAAGUUCACACAAAGAGGACAGGUUGAAAUUUAGUGCCCUCUCUUAUAACACCUGUUGCGUUUCCUUCAUGGUGUUGCGGAUUUGGAUCUGACAUUCAACAUUUAUGACCUGACUGGUCUGAUCCUGGUGGAGUUCAGACUGAGUUAGGACAAUCAAUCACUUAGUUCUACUGUCUCUGCUGCAUACUGGGUUGUUCUGGGAACUGGCUGAAUAAUCCACAGUGUGGGGCUUAUGUGGAUUGUAACAGUACUAGUCAGUGAUAGUUGUUCCAGUUUCUCUGCUGUAAAAGCUCUGGCUACGAACAUUUAAAAAAUAACAAGACCGGUGACCUUGACCAUGCUGUUCAUGUCCCUCAGAUUUAACAUGACUGAAUGAAUGAUGUUUACAGAGGCUUCAUAAUUGGCAUCAGCAUCAGAGGUCUGCUCAAUAUCCAGAUAAUUCUGCUGGUAUGGCUUUACACAUGAUUUUAUGUGUAGAUACAGGAUGAGCGUGAUUGCACAGUAGCUAUACUAUGUCAUACUCCUAAGGGAUACAGUCUCACUAAAUAGCCCUGUAACAGUUGCAUAAUGAAAAUAAAGAAUUUCAAUACAAA